AUUUGAUCCACGCGUUUGCAAAGCCAUGUCGUUCGAGUCCAAAAUCAAACAUUUGGAAGAAACAGUGUCUGCUGGAAUUCAUGAAGUGUACACAGGCCUAAAUCGACCGGACUACGGUGUGCCUCCAAAACUAGGAGGCGAUUCACCUGAGCAAAUAAAUUGGUUGGUAAUAUUGGUGAUGAUUGCUGUUUGUGUAUCCAUCGGUUUGGGAAUAUAUUUUGACAACAAAUGCCGUGGAACGAUGAUGGAAGGCCGUCCAAGGUUUUGGUCUAUACUACUUUUGCUGGCAAGCUACUUGCUGUUGAUUCCUGGAUUGAUCAAUCCAGUCUUCAGCUUCAGCAUUGUCAUUAACAUCAUUGGUCACAGGAAGGUCGUGGAACCAGAAACUGGUCAUCCAGUUUGCACGGAGACCACAAAUGGUCUUGCUCAUUUGCUUUGGAAAACUGGAUCCAAAAUUGGAGCAUUUUUGGUCAUUUUGUUCUCGAUGGUCAUACCAGCAAUAGAGCUUGUCAUGCUCAUACUCGGCGAGGUUUUCCGGUUUGGUUCUGCCAAAUGUGCAGAAAUUUUUCGGUGGGUUAUCAUUUGGGUGCAGCAUCGGUCGAAAUGGGCCUCUCCCGACAUGUUUGCCUACAUCCUCUUGGUUGAUCUUGUUCGUACGCUGGAAGUCGAAUCGCUUAUUCUCUCGAGGGCAAGGCUUGAAAUUGGUUUUUCGUGCUUCAGCACCUUCGUGGUCACAGCCACGGUCUCGUCAUUGGGCAUUCCUUUCCCGCAGGUGCAAUUGGCAGAGGAGCGUCCCACGGCACCAAUCCUACUACGUUUAUUCGGUCGCAAAGGAAUUGCCGCCAUUGCAGCAUUGUCAACUAUGCUCUUCCUGCCCGUUUUUCUGAAAGGUUUGUAUUCUCCGUGUAUGUCCUUUCACAUUGAAACCAAGCAGCUCUUUCCACCUUACGGCCCUCUACCAGAGGCUGCGAAGCCAGCUAUUGAUAUCUUGGAUUUGAAGGACCUACUGAAGUCAGAAACAAGCAUCGCCAGCUGCAUUCAGGAUUACAUCGCCAGGCUUCCAGAAUGGGAAGCAAACACAUUUAUUUCACUGGCCCUAAUGGUAUUCUGCGUUGUGGGCUUCACGUUGGUGGACAUGAUAUUCUUGAUGUUUGCAGCAAUAGAGUUGGCGUUUGGGUCAGCUUUUCAGAAUCCCUUGGCAACGUUGAAUGCGAAUCUUCGAGGUUAUCUUGGACACAGUUGGAUAGACAUGGCAAGAAUUCUUCGAAAACUCUCUAUGUUGGACGUUGCAAUGGUUGGCGUCUAUUUGGUCACAGUAUGUAUGUCUAUGUAUGCAAAAUAUGGCGUUGUAGUGUCCUUGGAGCAUGGUAUGAUGAUCUUGCUUGCCUCUGAGAUCGUACAUUCAAUCACCUAUUACAUCGUGGAGUCAGCUUGGAACCAUCAAGAGAUUGAAGAGGAGUUGAAAGAAGUUGAAGUCGACAAGUUGACAGAUGGAAUGGAUGGCACACCGCAAAAUAGCUGGUCGGCCAUAACAGGUUGCUGUUCCAACCGAUGGACUUUGUCUCCCGGACCUGCGUCCGCUUUCCCAAUGGGUCUACUUUCAUAGAAAGGGCCGGUCUCACAGAAAUUCUCAUGGAUCAGAGAGGAUCUCUGAUCCAUGCCCCUUGAAACAAAAAGGCAGUUGAUCAUGCUCGGAGGC